AAAAUGGCGUCCAAUUCACAACCAUCUUUCUCCAUGAGAGCUGUAAUAUUCGGAAUAAAGAAAACGUUUCCACGAGUCUCAGGAAUAGUGAAUACAGAGCUUAUUGGUAAUGACAAGGAAAGGAUUCUUUAUUUAGAUUCAAGGCCAAUAGAGGAAUAUUCAGUGAGUCAUAUCCCUGGGAGUAAACAAGUGGAUCAUGAAGCAGAGGAACCAUGGAAAGACAUCGAUUUUAAGAACACUGAUAAAAUUGUCUGCUAUUGUUCUGUUGGAUAUCGUUCAUCAGUUCUUGCUAAUAAACUAAUCUCACACUUCAGGAGAGAAGGCCUUGACAUCCCAGUCUUUAAUCUAGAGGGAGGAGUGUUCCAAUGGGCAAUGGACGGGGGCCCCCUUGAGGGAGAAAACCCACAUAAAGUUCACCAAUAUUCAUCGGUGUGGGGUAGACUACUACCAGAAAAUAUGAGAUACACUGAUGCUAAGCUAUAAUUUUUUAUUUUUUAUUUUUAUAUACAUAUUUACAUUUUAAAAUUUAAAAAUUACUAUCACAGCAUCUUUUCAGGUGCAGUAUUGUUUGUGAGUGUUAUUUUCUCUAUGACUGAAA